CUAAGAAAUUAAAAAUGUGUUUGAGUAAACUUUCCAUCGUGGAUGACAUGUUGGAAAUGCUCGGAACGCCGAAAGAGUAUCGACAGCUGUACAAUUGGGUAAUUGGGAUAAUAAUUGGAUGGACUGCACUAGUUUUUCUCAUAAAUGCAUCUGACAGUUUGUGGUUGAACUACGAAUAUUUCAGUCUCACUCGUAUCUGUGUUCCAUUUGUGGCAAAUCAUUUAAUUCACAUCAAUACUCUCAAUGUUUUGAUCUGGGUAACUAUUCUGAGAUACACUAAGUCCAGAUUUCAACGGAUUAACGAAUAUAUUCAUGAUAUAUUAAAAGAUGGGUAUAUCAAAGGACAUCAUAAAUUAACAUUACAAUUAAUUGAUGAACAAAGAAUAAAAAUCAAAAAACGUAAACAGUAUAUAUGGAUUUUAAGUCAUAUCCAUCUACAGUUAUGCCUCAUAUCACGUGAACUGAACAAAAUAUUCAGCAUUUCAAUGACGCUACAAAUGGGAUGUUACUUUGUGUUGUUCGUGGAUGUGUCUCGUCACAUUUAUCGGUCAUAUAUAGAUAGAAAUGCAGCUAUUGUAAUUGGACAAGUCCUGGAUAAUGUAUUUACCUACAUAUGGGGUGUCGUACAUAACGUGAAGUUUCUCGCGCUAAAUCUUAUGUGUCAAAAUCUCUGUAAUAAGGCGAAUGAGACAAUAGCAAUUCUUUACAAAUUAUUCCCUAAAAAUCCUGAAGAAGACUUACGAGAGCAGAUUCUACAAUUUAUACUACAAAUAAAACAGAGAGAGCUAAAAUUUUCUGGUAUGGGGUUUUUCAAUUUUGGUUAUAACUUUGUUCGUAAGUUCUACGUCUCAGUUGUGACCGUCUUAGUGAUUAUAAUACAGAUGCAUAUUCCUAAUCCACAUCAUGCUAUUCCAUCUGAUAAUGAAAUUUAAAAAUUGUCUGAACAAGUUAGAUAUUGUAAUUGAUACUUUGGAGAAACUUGGGACGCCAAAAAAUUAUAUAAAAUUACACAUAAGUGUCAAAUGUUUAAUCACUGGAUAGAUUAUGUCAAUUUUCUUCAUAAAUAUGGCUGAUAGUUUAUGGAUAAUUGGACGUAUUCCUAAGUCUUACGUUAUAAUAGCUAUAUAUCAAACGUUCGUUCUAAAUCAUACGUUUCAUCUAAGCAUGCUCUAUGACUUGACAUUUAUAAUGCUGUUAAGAUACAUCGAAUUUCAAUUCAAGCAUAUAAAUCAACAUAUUCAAGAACUUAUAGAAGAAAAGAAACAGCGAGUACAACAUAUCUGGGCGACCACUGAGCGAUCCAGUUCUUUUUUAACUCAUCAACAUAUGUCUGACACUGAAACAAUUAAGCAACUCGUAUGGAUUUUAAUGCAUGUACAUCUGGAACUAAGCUCAAUAUCACGUGAAUUAAAUACAGUAUUUGGAUUUCAAAUGGUAAUACAGGUGAUCACAUUACAGAUUGCUAUAAUACAAGUUGCUUAUAGCUUUUAUAAAGCAAUUAUGGUGAUAAGUACAUACUCGAUAUAUUUAAUGACAAUCGAUGUUUUGUCAGCUUUAUUUUGGGGUAUAUUCAACAUCAUAAAAAUGAUUAUUUUUAAUUGUGUCUGCGAAAAAAUGUGCACCCAGGCAAAUAGAAUUGAGUUGUUUCUCAAUAAAUUGACAAACCUUACUAUUGAUGUCGAAACGCAGAACAAUAUUACACAGUUUCUAUUACACUUAUUACGGCGACCACUUAGAAUUUCUGGGCUUGGAUUUUAUUUUGGUUAUAACUUCUUACAAUGGAUUAUGGGAAAUGUUGCCACACUUAUAAUAAUUGUGAU